AUGGAAAAAUUCUGGACUUCCUUUGCCGGCAUAAGAACAAUUACUUCCCCUAAGGUGGAAUCAUUCGGUAAAAGACUUAUCCCAUUAAUAGCAAAUUUACAAGAGAGCUCCUCACGCCACUCUGCGUGGAAAGAGGUGAAGACUUCCCGCCUAAAAGUUUCGAACCUGAGUAAUUUUUGGAUUAAGCCCAUAGUAUCAAAAUCUCUCAAGGGCCGGGGUGGGAGAUCUGGAAGUGGGCGGGAAGAGUCUGGCCACGUGGCGGUCUCCGGCUGCGGUACAGUUGUGGAGUUGGCGGACACCGUGAAGGCCGGAAGUCACAUCUGCAUAAGGAGCUCCCGGAGCUUGGGCGGAUAUGCGGCACGAGGGGGAGAGAUAGAAAUAUCAAAAUCUUCAAGGAAUGAAAUUGCCCACACUAUGAUAAUAAAUAUGGAAAGAAAUAAAUAUGCAAAGAAACCGAUUGCCCACAAUAUGGUGGACUUCUUGACAGCAGCAGACUCUCUCUUCAAAUCCACGAACCGCAUACUUGCUCUCCAGUUCAUGUGCGUCGAGGGGCGAGGUCCCAUGCAGGAGCUUUACCUCCUUCCUCGCGUCCCCCAAAGUUGUAACCAGCUCGUUUUCUCUUGUGGUCAAGCCAUAGCUCUCCAACAAGGCAAGUCUACAACUAUUUUGCAACCUUGUCGCAGCUAUGAUUGA